UGGGUAACUGUACAGUGCCCUUGUAUGAAGCUCAGACGCUGACUGGGAUCACGCUUGCAUUUGGGGAGAACCUUGGCCUCUCUCUCGGUUGAGUUUAUAUCAGAACUACCUAAAAAUUAGGUAAAAUGAUGGCAGCAAGGUUUUUGUUCCGUCGUGCGGUCCCUGCUUUGAGACAAGUGCGUUUCUAUGCAGAUGCACCCGGUGGUGCACCGCAGAUGUCCUUCACAUUCGCCUCGCCGACCCAGGUGUUCUUCCAAAAUGCCAGCGUGAAGCAGGUCGAUGUACCAACACUGACAGGCGCUUUCGGCAUCCUUCCAGCUCAUGUUCCGACCCUACAGGUUCUGAGGCCUGGAGUUGUCACCAUCUAUAGUGAUGAUGGUUCAUCCGCAAAGUACUUCGUGAGCAGUGGCUCGGUCACGGUGAAUGCGGACUCCUCCGUGCAGCUCCUUGCUGAGGAGGCAGUGACUCUGGACAGUCUCGAUCUCCCUUCUGCUAAAGCUAACUUGGAGAAGGCCCAGGCUGAUCUACUCGGUGUUUCAGACGAGGCUGCCCGUGCAGAGAUCCAGAUCGCUGUAGAGGCCAAUGAAGCCAUUGUCAAGGCCCUGGAGUGAAGCACUUAUUCAGCCUGUGGAUGAUGUGUUGAUGUUAAGGUUAAAAAGAAAACCACCUGCUCCUCUCUUGUUUUCCCAAGUCCUGUCCAGUCCGUAACGACAAGCCACCAGGCCUGUUUUGUACAGUCAAUGAAUUUACCAAUAAAUUUAUUUGGAAUUAUUCA